AUCAUCAGGGGAAGCUGAGCAGUGGGAAGGGAGCUCAGAGGAAACAAACACACACACACACACACUGAACAAUCUGGUAUGUUGCAGAUCAGAGAAAGUAAAAGUAACUGUAGUACUUGGACUCGUGCAGACAUUUCUCCUUCAAUGUCCCGACUUUGUGCAUCUGUCUAAUAUCCCAGACAAGACAAGACUGACAGAGAAUUACAGUGACAUUACACCCAGACUCUUUCAUCCUCACAGCCCUAGUGGGAAGAGAACCGAUGCGGUUUCACACUAUGUCGACUAACUUACUGUUAGUUCCUAUCCCCGAGGCGUUUGAUCAUAUAAUCAACAGGGACAUUAAGAUCGCUGUUUUGGGAUCCAGUACUGUUGGGAAAACAGCUUUGAUUGUUCGGUUCUUAACAAAGCGGUUUAUUGGAGACUAUGAAUCAAAUACAGGAAAUCUUUAUUCACGACUAGUUCACAUUGAAGGAGAACCACUCUCUCUGCAAGUACAGGACACACCAUGUAUCCAGGUUCAAGGAGAAUGUGCACACUUUCCUGAUCUCGUGUCCAGGUCAAUUCAUUGGGCUGAAGGCUUUGUCCUGGUCUAUUCAAUAACAGACUACAAUAGUUACAAACUAAUCCGCCCACUCUACCAGCACAUUCGCAGAGUGCACCCCGACUCGAAGAUCCCUGUGAUCAUCGUCGCGAACAAAAGUGAUCUUCUUCACGCCAGACAAGUCCAGACUAAUGAUGGAAUCCAGUUAGCAAACGAACUUGGUUCAAUAUUCUUAGAGAUCUCCACCAGAGAAAACUAUGAUGAUGUGUAUGAUGUUUUCCAACAUCUUUGCAGAGAGGUGAGCAAAGUCCACAUGAAUAACAAUGGAGAAAAGCGAAGAGGAUCAAUUAUUCCUCGACCCAAGUCACCAAACAUGCAAGACCUGAAACGACGUUUCAAACAGGCUCUAUCUUCGAAAGCAAAAUCCGGCGCCAAUCUAUGAAACUGAUAAUAUUUAGAUUGUAAAAAUCCCUGUAUAUAUAAACAGAAUUGCACUCUUAUUUUCUGUCCUUAUGUAAAUGGUGCCUUUCAUACGAUUUACAACAAGAUCAUCUGAAGGGCAAUGAAUUAAGCAGCUAUAAUAGUAGUAGCUGAUUAUGAAGUGGUGAAUAACUCAGAUUAUUUAAGUACUGUAUUGAGGUUUGUUGAGACUAGGACACUCAACUUGUUUAAUAAACUGCUUGAAGCUGUAGUGGAAAGUUGGUGUUCAGGGAGGGUGAGAUCAAAUGGGUUGAAGGGUCUUCAUGCUCCAAACCUCUCCUGUGAAUUCUUACAAUCAUAGCUUGAAUUUCCCAUGGUCUUAUACUUAAGUUUGUGAAAACUGCCUUAACAUUGAAAUCAUAAGAGUGUUCCCAAAUUCUGCAAGAUCUUAAAUCUGACAAUGAUUAUCUUUAAGACUAAGACUAGAAAGAAACUGAUCAUAUGUUGCUCUCAAUGUAACAGUCUACGUGAGUUACUACUGAACAACAACAACAAAUUACAUUUGUAUAGCGCUUUUCAUGUCAGGAGGAUGUCCCAAGGCACUACUGAAGGCAAGAGUACCAUAUCUGCUGGUAUAUCAGGGCUCAUGGGCAUUGCCACUGAUGACACCCGAGUAUCGGGGCUCAUUUAUAUUACUGUGCAGUAUUGGUAUUUGAGUGAAUCUGCAGAUUGUAGAAGGAAAUUAUUGGAACCGCUAGCAAUAAUAUUUCCAUUUGAUGUAGCUAUUUGUUGCGUCAAAGCAUCUCAACGCGCCGUACAGUAACUGUAGUCACUGUAUGUGUAGCAAACAUGGCUGCCUAUUUGCACACAGCAAUGUCCCUCAAACAACCAUGAAACGAAUGACCAAAUGAUCUGGUUGAAUGCAGCGAGAAUUAAGAUGUGGUUGAGGUUCGGAAGAAGAUUAUAAGCAUCCAAGGACUAUCGUGGAGUAAAUAAACCAGAACCUGCAGGGAUCAGAGAGCAGAUGGACAAGUCUUAAUUAAUUUGCGAUCAGGCAAGAAUUUUAUAAUUAUGGAUUUUGGUGUGGAGAAUGUAAUACUGUAAACUGUAACUUGAAAGAUUUGUGACCGAAAAAUAGUGAAAUGAUUCUAAUGUGUUUGUAUAAUGAAUUUGUAAAUACUGAACUGAUGCUUUUUACUGUUUUAUAUUGAAGAAUAGAAAAUGUACUGUUUUCUACAUCAGUAAAAUAUGAUUUUAUAUUAAA